UUAAAGUUCAUUCAUAGCCAAACCUCCCCCUCAUAAAGCUAGAGGACCACCACACACAUAAUAAAAGAUAACAAAAACAGUUACACUUUUACAAUUAUAAAAUUUCUCCAUACUUCUUCUCCUCUCCAUUAUAUUCUCAUGGCUAACAAUAAUUCAAACUCCAAAUUAUUGAACCAACAAUCAAACCAACAAUCAAGAAUCAAGUACAGAGAGUGUUGGCGUAAUCACGCCGUUUCGAUCGGCGGUUAUGCAUCGGACGGUUGUGGAGAGUUCAUUCCAAAAGGUGAUCAAGGUACCAAAGAAUUUCUUCUUUGUGAGGCUUGUGAUUGUCACCGGAAUUUUCAUCGGAAAGAGUUGGUUGAGGAUGGACAAGCUUUUCACGGCAGCCACCAUAUUCCUCCGCCUAUGUGGCGGUGGUGUGGAGGCAGUGAUUAUGGUUUUGAGUCUUGUUUGCCGGAGAAGGAUAGGGUAAGUGAUGAAGAGUCUGUUACUUGUAGUGGAAGUCAAGAUGAGAUGGAGAGGGGGAAAAACAAGAGGAAUAAAAGAGAUUAAGCCUUGUGAAGAUUUUUGUUUAUAUUGCACGGAAAUUUAUCGAAUUUUAUAUUUUGACGUUUUAUUUUUA